CACCCUGCAAUCCAAAGAAGUGCAUAGAGUUGCCAAACCUGCAUUCAGAGGCCAGUUCUACCACCUCUCUGCUUCUGUGGACUUAGUCGGGUCACCUAACUUCUCUGAGCUUCAUUCUCCUCAGAAGUAAAAAAGUAUCUGCCUUCAAUAUUGUGGGCAGAAAAGAUCAGGAGGGGGUAAGCGGAGCCCUUUGGGAGGCUGUUCGACCAAAAGCCUGAAUUCGCCGGGCUCCGGAAAUCUUGUUUCUCUUCUCCGGACUGCGCCUCGGCCGGAACUCUAGUGGCCUAAGGUCUGGUUUGGCGCCGGACUGGAAAAGCAGACGGACGCACACGAAGAAAGUGGAGUACCCGGUUGGGAAAAGCGGAAAUCCGGGUGGAAGUCACUCGCGCGUUCCGGCGGGGAGGCCAGCAAGCACCGGCGGGCUGUUAGCGCGUCGGGGACGUGGGAGGGCCACACAGCCCCAGCAGGAGCCUUGUGUGCCUUAAAUGAGAUAAUAUAUGCCAGGUGGUUUGAAAACCUUACUGGAUCAGAGAAUGCUCUUGUAGCCUUCAUUCCAUCUGAUCUUCAGAAGAAUACCUUAUGGUGGAAUUGAGCUAUUUGCUGAAGCUUCUUUUCUUUGUAGCCCAGGGAGAAAUUUACAUUUUAUCAUACUAUGGCUUUGGUUCACAAGUUUCUGAGUAGCGCUUAUAUUUUCAGAAAAUGCCUGAAGCCAAGUGUUUCCUCAUGUCCAUUUUUGGGUAAUCGCUUUGCAGACUAUUGUUCUAGUAGUCUUCAGAAACCUGUGGCUGCUCCUGGCAAAACUUCCUCUCAAAGGAAUACUGAAGGGGAUUUGCAAGGACAUCACCAGAGAGAAGUUGCUUUGGAUAUAACCUCUCCAGAGGAAAAGCCGGAAGUUAGUUUUGAUAAGGCAAUUAAAGAUGAAAUAAAGAACCACUGUAGGCGUUUGAAGGAUGAUAUUGUGAAUUAUUGGAUCGGCCCUGAAGGCCGCCCUCUGCGUGAGGUCUUGCUGGAACAAGCCAAGGUUGUCUGGCAAUUCCGUGGAAAAGAGGACUUAGAUAAGUGGAUGGUGACUUCUGAUAAGACAAUUGGAGGCAGAAGUGAAGUGUUCCUGAAAAUGGGCAAGAAUAAUCAGAGUGCACUGCUGUAUGGAACUCUGAGCUCUGAGGCGCCUAAAGAUGGGGAAAGUGGCCGCAGUGGGUACUGUGCAAUGAUAUCCAGGAUUCCAAGGGGCCCUUUCGAGAGAAAGAGGUCUUAUGAUUGGUCCCAGUUCAACACUCUGUAUCUCCGUGUACGUGGAGAUGGUCGGCCUUGGAUGGUGAAUAUUAGACAGGACACGGAUAUAAUCCAGAGGAAGAAUCAAAUGUACAGUUACUUCAUGUUCACCCGUGGGGGGCCCUACUGGCAGGAGGUCAAGAUUCCUUUCUCCAAAUUUUUCUUCUCUAAUCAAGGAAGAAUCCGGGAUGCCCAGUACCAGCUUCUGCUUGAUAAGAUCUCUUCUGUUGGAUUCACCCUGGCUGAUAAAGUGGAUGGUCCAUUCUUCCUGGAAAUAGAUUUUAUUGGAGUUUUUGCUGAUCCAGCCCACACAGAAGAAUUUGCUUAUGAAAAUUCUCCAGAGCUUAACCCAAGACUUUUUAAGUAGUAGAGAUGGUAUGGUAAUUUUGUACUACCAAACUGCAUAGUAUCAUCCAUGAUGACAGAGACAAAAUAUUUAACAGCUUCCCAUUAACGGCUGGUAUGUAUUCCCUGAGACAAAGCUAAAUGCUGUUGCCAAGAAAGGCCCCAUAGUGGGAGACACAGCAUGAAACCAGGUUCUAAGCUGCACUUCAGCUUAAAGAAUGCAAGUCCUGAUGUGGAGAUAAUAGGUAAAGAACUUAACUGUUUUGGAUUAGAAUGAUUCCUGUUAGGAACUAUUCCUGCCCAAGUUGGUAUUGUCAAAGCAGGGUGUCUCUAAGAUGAUUGUUGAUGUCUUUGUCUCUCUCUGUUCCUCAUAGGUUUCUUGUGUUUUCUAAUCCAUCAUUUGAGGAAAGGAGACUGUUAAAGAUUGCUGUACAAUUCAGUGAUUUUUUUAGUAUAUUCACAGAAUUGUCAAUCCUUACCAUAAGCUAAUUUUAGAAAAUUCUAUCAAGCCUAAAAAGAAACCUUAAUUGAGUGCCCUUUGCAGGCACUCAUUCUCCCAGCCCAGGUAUCUAUGGAUCUACUUUCUUCAUGGGUUUAUCUUCUCUGGAUAUGUCUCCUACAAAUAGAAUCCAAUAAUAUGUGA